AUGAGCUCCGACAGUGAGGACAGUGAAGCACCUAUCGACCCUGCAGCUUCAUUAACCAGGUGGGACCUGCAAAGAUUGCUGAAAGAAACCUCAGCUGCCAUGAAGGCUUACACGGCCUCCGAGCUAGAAAAGCACAUUGCAGGCCUGAGAGGUGACAUUGAAGCCCUCUCCACUUGCACCUGUCAAGCUGAAACCCGCAUUACAGGCCUCACUCACACUACAAAGGCCCAACAACAAGAGAUAUAUGCCAUGCAAGACUAG